AUGUUGCCGUUCUAUCCUGGUCCACCUAAUCACCGGACAAUUUGUAUUCGACCGGUUCGUAUACCUUUAAAUGCAUCGUUGACGUCAGCAUUUUCAGCUCCGAAUAGCAGUCUUUUGGAGACUGGAAUUCAUCUGGGAAAUUCCUCCAGAAAGUUGUGUUCUUUAUUUGAAUCUGAUCAACAUCGUGGUGGUUGUAUUUCCUCCUUAACACUACUCAUUGACUAUCAUUCUGGUUCUUCUCAACAAAUCCCAAUAGAAGCUGAGGGGAUUUUUCAUAGUUUCAAUUUCAUCCAACGUUUGGCUAAGGCUUGUGAAUAUCCUGUUCUUUUACCGCUUUCCAAGAGCUGUCCAGCAGAGGUUGAAAUCACCAAGUCUAAUGCUGAGUUUAUAUCAUCAUCAUCAUCCAACACAUCACAGGUGGAUCAAAGGAAUCGAUUAUAUACUCCUUUUUGUUCUAUGCUUUAUGGAAAAGCUCAUUCCGUGGGAAAUAAAAGAAAACCAACUUUGAGUUUUUUGUCAUUAUCUCUGAUGGAUGAUGAAACAGCUAAGCUAUACAGUUGCGUAUUUCAAGGGAAAUUCAGUAGUUGCUUAACAAUGUCUUCAAUGGCAGAUAAAAAUUUGGAUCACUCAGCUUGCUCAACCACAGCAGCAAGCAUUGAAAAUCAUUUUUCAAGUAUGCAUGCAUUGAAAUGUUCACUAACCCAAAGUUACGGUACUCACACACACUCUAUGUCCAAUUCACGAAUUAUAAGCUUAACAAAUACUACAAUGGUCGUCUCUCUAUCAAACAAUGAUACAGUUACACUUCUUUGGCUGCCAGUUAAUGCAACUUCAAGGUUUGAAGCUCCGUGUUCUACUUGA